GAGAUGGCCUCACAGUCUCAGGUUUUAGUGGAAGAUAAAUCCAGUGUUAGAAUCUUGACACUAAACAGACCAAAGCAAAUGAAUGCUCUGUGCUCCAACAUGAUCACUCGGUUGCUGCAAUUGUUCCUUGCAUAUGAGGAGGACCCUAAUGUGAAACUCGUCAUCCUAAAGGGUCAGGGAAGAGCCUUUUGUGCUGGUGGCGAUGUUCGACCUGUUGUUGGUGACAUCGUACAAGGUAAAUGGAGACUCGGUGCGGAUUUCUUCUCGGAUCAAUACUCGCUCAACUAUGUCAUGGCCACCUAUAGCAAAGUUCAGAUUUCGAUUUUGAAUGGUAUUGUAAUGGGAGGUGGAGCUGGUGUCUCCAUCCAUGGUCGAUUUCGUAUUGCAACUGAGAAGACGGUUUUUGCCAUGCCUGAGACAGCCCUAGGGCUCUUUCCAGAUGUAGGGGCCUCGUACUUCUUGUCAAGACUCCCUGGAUUUUUUGGAGAGUAUGUUGGCCUCACUGGAGCUAGGUUAGAUGGCGCUGAAAUACUUGCUUGUGGUCUUGCAACUCAUUUUGUCCCUUCAACGAGGUUGACUGCAUUAGAAGAAGAUCUUUGCAGAGUUGGUUCAAGUGAUCCAGUUACCUUUGCCGAGACAAUUCUCAAUGCAUACACUCAGCAUCCGCAUCUGAAACAGCAUAGUGCUUACCACAGGCUACAUGUUAUUGAUAGGUGCUUCUCGAGAAAAACGGUGGAGGAGAUUAUAUCUACACUUGAGAAAGAGGCCAUUGAAGAGCCAAAUGAAUGGAUCUCAGCUACCAUUCGAGCUCUGGAGAAGGCUUCACCAUCAAGCCUUAAAAUCUCUCUUAGAUCGAUAAGAGAAGGACGGUAUCAGGGGGUGGGACAGUGUCUUAUCCGUGAGUUUAGAAUGGUGUGUCAUGUGAUGAAGGGAGAAAUAAGCAAAGAUUUGGUGGAGGGUUACAGAGCCGUAGUGAUAGAAAAAGAUAAGAACCCAAAGUGGGAACCGCGGGGACUGGAGGAGAUGAAGGAUAACAUGGUAGAGCAGUACUUCAAGAGAAUGGAUGAAGAGAAGGGAUGGGAGGAUCUAAAGCUUCCUCCAAGGAAAGCCUUGCCUUCUUCAAUAAUCUCAAAGCUGUGAGUUGGAGAAGGUAAUGGAGUUGAUGCGAUUGUUCAUUGGUUGGCGCUCAUCUUCAAAUUCUCUCUUUGUUGCUUGUCACACAAUCUUCAUAGAAGUAUUCAGUUAGGGACACGUAUCCCUCCAUUUUCUCACUUUUCCUUCCCAACUUUAUUUGCUUCCUUUGUUUCAUGUAUAAUUAAUAAAAUAAGCACAUUUCUAUUUUUUUUAAUGCAUUCAAAAUGUAUUCAUCUCAAAAGUAUU